UCUCUCAUCUUUAAAGUCUCCUUUUUUAGCAAUAAUUCUCUCUCCCUCUCUCAUAAUUUUUUUCCUUCUGGUUCUUCCUCUCUCUCUUUACUUUCUCUUUAAUCACUCAUUCUUGAAUCUUAAUUCAAGAUCUUCCUUCUCUUCAUCCCAUUCAUACUUUUCCUCUUGGGUUUUCAGGAUCAAAUAAAAGUUAUUGUUUUAGGGUUUUUCUUUCCUUUUUUACGAUGGCGAGAGAGAAGAUUCAGAUCAGAAAAAUCGACAACGCGACGGCGAGACAAGUAACUUUCUCUAAACGAAGAAGAGGUCUUUUCAAAAAAGCUGAAGAGCUCUCCGUUCUCUGCGACGCAGAUGUUGCCCUCAUCGUCUUCUCUUCCACCGGAAAGCUCUUCGAGUUUUGUAGCUCAAGCAUGAGGGAAGUAUUAGAGAGGCAUAACUUGCAGUCAAAGAACUUGGAGAAGCUUGAUCAGCCAUCUCUGGAGUUACAGCUGGUUGAGAACAGUGACAACGCCCGGUUGAGCAAAGAAAUUGCAGAUAAGAGCCACCAACUAAGGCAAAUGAGAGGAGAGGAACUUCAAGGACUUAACAUUGAAGAGCUGCAACAGCUGGAAAAGGCCCUUGAAGCUGGUUUGUCGCGCGUGAUUGGAACAAAGAGCGAGAAGAUUAUGAAUGAGAUCAGCGACCUUCAAAGAAAGGGAAUGCAACUGAUGGAUGAGAACAAGCGGCUAAGGCAGCAAGGAACACAACUAACAGAAGAGAACGAGCGGCUAGGCGAGCAAAUAUAUAAUAAUAUGCAUGAAAGAUACGGUGGAGUUGAGUCGGAGAACACCGCCGUGUACGAGGAAGGCCACUCGUCGGAGUCCAUUACCAACGCUGGAAACUCCACCGGUGCUCCUGUUGACUCCGAGAGCUCCGAUACUUCCCUUAGGCUCGGCUUACGCUUACCGUAUGGCGGUUAGUUGGAACCACAAAAAGAAGUUGAUGGAGUGAGGACAUAAUUCUCUGUGAUUUCUCUUGUUUUAUGUAAGUUUUUGUCUGAAGAAGAGGUUCCUUUUAUGGUCUCUAUGAUAUAUUAGCUCUGGCAUUUCUGUGUUAUCAUCGACAGACUGUGGAUGGACAUCGUAAAUUCUUCUUUUUCUUUUUAUCAAAUAUGUGAGUUAUCAUUCGAAA